GAGACUUUACGUCAGUUCGACAAGAAUGAGAGUUUUCAAACUUACCUUCUUGUUACUUACCAUCUUAAUGAUUCUCUCUGCUGUGGACGUUGGUGAAUGCGGAAAGUUCAAGGAGGCAAUGGGAAAAGUUGGAAGAACGCUUGUAAAAGUGGUAAAAACAGGUGCCAAUGUCGUCAAAAAGGUGGAUGACGCGAUUGAUCACUUUGGAGGAAAUAUAGUUCCUAAAGUGUUAGACAAACUCACAGGACAUUGAUAUUUCAUGCUCGAUUGUCGAUAAACCCUUGCAUUGUGAUUCAAGUUGUAAUACAGGUUUUACGCUGC